AAGGAAAGAGCGAAGUCAUUUAAUACCUUACAGCUUCCCAAUGCUGCGCAGAGGUAAGGUUGACGGCGAUGGGGCUGGUGUGUGCAGUAGGUGUAGCAUAUACUUUAUUUUGAUUUUAUUGAAGCAGUUGACAGUUUGAUACAGUUAAUGAACGUAUUUCUACUGCUCCAAGGGUGAAAUAUUAGUUUAAAAGAGCCAACAACCCUCCCCAACGCAUUCAAAUCGGAUCAGUGUGAGAGAAAGGUAGUCAAAAGUACUCUUAACACACUCUUUGACGCAUCUCUCUGCUUUGGAUCUCAUGCCUCAAAACUCUGUUCAUGGAAGCUCCACUGGCAGAGCCGUCGGCGGCACCGAGAACAGCUGGUGCCGAGCGGUACCCGGCGGCACUGGCGUAGUUACGGUGGCUCUUCUUCUCUCAAAGCCUCCGGAAGCCUCGGUUCUCCAGAGUGCACUCCACACACUCCAAAAUAGGCACGCUCUGCUUGGCUCGAAGCUUCAUUACGGCACCACUACAAACACAUUCUCCUUCAUCACAUCUCCGAUCCCUCCCCUCCAAGUCAAAUCAUUCAACCUCUCUUCAACCUGUCAGCUCCUCCAAAGCCUGGUCUCCAGCCCAAACACCCACUCCGUCUCUCCAUUCCAUCUGAUACUCGAACACGAGCUGAACCAAAACCCUUGGUGCAAUCUUAAAUCUCCCUCUUACGAUGACGGGACGGACGUGUUCUUUGCCAGCAUCUACACUCUACCCGAUGCCAAGUGGGUGGUGGUGCUGCGGCUUCACACGGCAGUAUGUGACCGCACCACUGCGGUGUCUCUGUUGAGGGAACUGAUCGGAGUGGUACGAGAGAAAGAAGGCGGAGGGAGAGAGGAGAAGAUGAGGAAUGAUGGGGAAGUUAGUUUGGGAAUCGAGGAUUUCAUUCCUAGUGGGAAAGCGAAGAAGGCUCUCUGGGUUCGUGGAGUGGACAUGCUGAGUUACUCGGUGAAUUCAUUGCAACUCACAAAUUUGAAAUUCAAAGACGUGAAGUCUCCUAGAUCUUCGGAGGUGGUGAGGCUGCAGUUGAACCAAGAUGAUACUGAAAGCCUUCUUGCUGUUUGCAGUGCGAAAGGGAUUAAACUGUGUGGCGCCCUCGUGGCUGCUGCACUUAUUGCUGGUCAUUCCUCUAAACGCCCCGCUGAUCAUCACAAGGAGAAGUAUGCAGUUGUGACCCUCACUGACUGUCGUCCCAUUCUUGACCCACCUCUUUCCACUCACCAUUUUGGAUUUUACCAUUCCGCCAUCCUAAAUACACUUUCAAUGAAAGGAGGAGAAAAGCUGUGGGAGCUGGCAAGGAGAAGCUAUAUGGCCUUUGCAAACUCUAAGAACUGCAACAAGCACUUCUCAGACAUGGCUGACCUAAACUUCCUCAUGCGUAAGGCCAUUGAGAACCCAGGCUUGACCUCGGCAUCGUCCUUGAGAACCUCUUUCUUGACGGUGUUCGAGGACCCCGUGAUUGAAACCAAUGAUGAAAUAUAUAGAGAGAUUGUGGGGCUUGAAGACUACAUAGGAUGCGCUUCAGUUCAUGGUAUCGGCCCUUCAAUAGCCAUAUUCGACACCAUAAGAGGUGGAAUGCUGGACUGCGCAUGCGUGUAUCCAUCGCCCCUGCACUCGAGGGAGCAAAUGGAAGAGCUGCUUCAUAACAUGAAGCGUCUUCUCGUGGACGCUGCUGCCCACAACCGUGUGCCCAAUGAGUGAUCGAUCUUUGAGGAUAUGGACACAACGCCCGCGCCCCGGUUUAGGUUUCUAAUGGUAUGGAAUAAUCAUCACCCUGUGGGGAUGUGCCUACUAGUUUCACGUAGGCACGUGAUUAAUUUCAUAUAUAUGUUGAUUUUUAUCUUACAUUUUACUUUCUAUGAGCAAAUUAUUGAUGUCAGACUUUACUCAUCACUCUAUUUCUAGUAAUUGUAUGCUCAAGUAAUGUUCGACUUCGGAUACUGUAAUUUGAUAUGAAGAAUAGGUUGGAUUUGUUAUUUUCAAUCA